GCCCUCCCGCUAGGGAGGACGCUGGGCAGCCGCGGGCCUCCGGGCGGAGCCGCGGGCAGAGCCGGGAGCCCGGCGAGAGGGACAGCUCCACUCCUCGCCGCCCAGUGCCGCCCGCCGGAGACUGUCCUGCCAAGCCAUGCCUCCGUGGGCGGCCGUCCUCGCGCUGCUGCUGGCGGCGCUCGCUCUGCUCCUCCUGCGCCCCUGGAAGCGCGCCGUCGGAGCGCGGACCUCGGUCCGGGACCAGGAGGAGCAGGAGGUGGUGAGCAGAGGCCCCACGGCUCAGUUCAGCGACCGGCGCGAACCGCUCCCCGGGGGCUGCUGCCUGAUUUGCAAGCCCUCGGCGCUGGCCCAGUGCCUACUGCGCGCUCUGCGACGCUCGGCGGCGCUGGAGCCCACCCCAAGCUCCUGGCUGUCGGGGCCCCACCUGCAGACCUUCUGCCACUUCAUCCUGCCCGUCGGGCCAGGUCCUGAGCUAGCCCGUGAGUACCUGCAACUGGCAGAUGAUGGGUUGGUGGCCCUGGACUGGGUCAUAGGACCUUGUGCCAGGGGCCGCAGGGUCACUAAUACUGGAGGCCUCCCUCCUGUGCUGCUGGUAAUCCCCAAUGCGUGGGGACGCCUCACCCGCAAUGUGCUGGGGCUCUGCCUACUCGCUCUGGAGCGCGGCUACUACCCGGUCAUCUUCCAUCGCCGCGGCCACCACGGCUGCCCGCUGGUCAGCCCCCGUCUACAGCCUUUCGGGGACCCGUCCGACCUCAAGGAGGCGGUGACUUACAUUCGCUUCCGACACCCGGCGGCCCCCCUAUUCGCGGUGAGCGAGGGCUCGGGGUCUGCGCUCUUGCUGUCCUACUUGGGGGAGUGCGGCUCCUCCAGCUAUGUGACCGGCGCCGCCUGCAUCUCGCCGGUGCUACGCUGUCGCGAGUGGUUCGAAGCUGGCUUGCCUUGGCCCUAUGAGCGUGGGUUCCUGCUGCACCAGAAGAUCACUCUCAGCAGGUAUGCCUCGGCCCUGGAGGACACAGUAGACACCAGCAAAUUGUUCAGAAGCAGCUCCCUGCGAGAGUUUGAGGAAACCCUGUUCUGCCACACCAAGAGUUUCCCCAUCAGCUGGGAUACCUACUGGGACCUGAACGACCCGCUCCGGGACGUGGAUGAGGCUGCUGUCCCUGUCCUGUGUAUCUGCAGUGCUGAUGAUCCGGUGUGUGGACCCCCAGACCACACUCUGCCCGCGGAACUCUUCCAAAGCAAUCCUUACUUUUUCCUGCUGCUCAGUAGCCAUGGAGGCCACUGUGGCUUCCUGCGCCCUGAGCCCCUGCCAGCAUGGAGCCACGAGGUUAUCUUGGAGUCCUUUAAGGCCCUGACUGAAUUCUUCAGAAUGGAAGAGAGGAUGAAAGGACUGAGCAGGCGCAGGACUUCAUUUUUGGGGGGCCGGCGUCGUUGGGGAGGCCUGCAGAAGCGAGAGGUCUCCCCUUCUUCCAAUCUGGAGGAGAUCUUUAGCUGGAAGCGGUCUUACACCAGGUGAAGCUUGCCUGGGGAGGCCCCUGCACCUUUGAGAAAAUUCUCAACAAGGGACCCCAGCAGCUGGAAGACUGAGGACUGAGCGGGGAGCUCUGCUCCCUUCUCCCUUCAAACUGGAGAGAGAGAGAGAGAGAGAACUUGCAGCGUGAGCGCCCUGUCCUGGCUCUGACAACCAACAUUCUUGCUCACCUUGCUCAGCCUACUGUCUCCUGUCAUCAAAGUCACAAGCCAAGUAACAGCAUGGGCUAAGAGGACUGGGAAAAAAAAAAAUGCUAACUGCCCUUGCAGUGACUCUAGGGAAGAUGAGCUUAUAAGAGUCAAUGGGUGGUUCUGUCCCACAUAAAUAAUCAGAUUGGUGACUCUGAGUCUCGAGCUGGAGCCUCUUGGUACAGGAAGGACAGGAUGUUUGUGUCUCAGUCCUGCUCUCUCGUGUUCUGCGGUUGUGGUUCCGCUCCGACUUCUGCACUAGCAGCUGAGGAAGCAGGCGGUCAGAGCUGCCUAGCUCUCCCCAGUCUGAGAAGGCAGCAGAAGCAGGACAUGUCGGGCUGAGGCCAGCUUGGUAAAUGCUGGCGAGGGUAGAAUGUGAGUCUGUCCCUGGACGCCUGCCUCUCUCUUGGUGGCUGCGAACUAAGAUGGGCCUCUAGGCCACGCCCUCCAGCCCGGUCUGAACCGGCUCCCAAGAGUAUUUUAGAAUAGGAGAUGCUGUUGCCCAGGGUCUAAGGGCUCUGCUAGACCAUGGUUGUGGUCAUGGUUGUGGUCUAGUCAGGUUAGGCCAGAUGCACCUCCCCGGUUCUGAUUCAGGAGACUGCUCCAGAGAGCUGUAGCCAGAUGUGUUCCUCUUGAGAUGCAGCCUUCCCCACGUGACAAAAACAACCCUCAAGCGGGAUUUCUAAUCACUUUUCUUCUAGUACUAGCUUCUCCCUUUCCAGAGACAGCGAGGUAUCUUGGAUCAGAGGACAGAAUAAUCCUAAGAGCCCGAUGAAGGCAAUCCAGCUACUUAAGAGUGUCUCGCCUUCCCAGCCUUGCUCAAUUAUUCAAAAGGCAGAAAAACUGCUUUCUGGCCCCAGCUGCUCAGCCACUAAACGGGCAUUUGGGUUGAUGAGGGAUGAUGCUGAAAAACCAGAGUAAAAUAAGUAAGGUACAGCGCACAGAUCCACUUACAUAGCCUGGACUGUAGUAAACCUUUAAAAAUUAUUUUGACAGUUGGACAUCUGGAGCCAUGUGUUGUUAAGAUUCAAAAAUCUACCCUGAAAUUAUAUAUAUUUAUUUAUUUGUGGUGCUCGGACCCCACUUGCCAGGCAAACACUCUACAGCUGAGCUACAUAAAUCCAGCCGAGAAGUUAGUUUUUAGUUUUAUCAAUGGAAAAUAAGCCACCGGUUUUAGAUUUAAAUCAGUGAAAUGAUUUCAAAGAGUAUCUUACAGCAAAGGCAUUCUGGGACAUCCUGGGGCUGGGAUUCCAGGUUGGGGUGACCUUGUCCUCCCACUCUUUUGUUUUUCUGUUUUAACAUUGUUUUGUGUUCUGCCUGGAUCAGAACUCACUGUGCAGACCAGGCUGCUCUCAAACCCUGAUGUCCACCAGCGCGCAUUAAAGCCUGCGCUAACCCACCCCACCUUUCACGCUUGCUCUUUCAGGUUGAGUAACAAACUCUGAACUAGCUCCAAGAUAUAAAACAGGCAACUUUUAGUUUUCUACAGCACAUGUCCUACUGUGAAGGGAGGAGCUCCUGUCCCCGUCUUCUCUAGUCUAGCCCAUCCCCAGCGAUCCUCUUCUGGCAGUCUUUCAUCACUUCUGAGCAAAAGAAAUAAAAAGGAACUGAACGGGAAAGAGGAAGUUUUCUGUCUCUGGUGAACCACAGUCACGGCGGAGGGCUUGCUGAAGGAAGCCUGUGGCAUAUGGCCACCCCCCUGCCCCCACCUCUAGGACAGUAGGGACUCCAGUUAAUUAGGGUCCUGCUGUCCCAUUUGCCAUUGGAUCCUCAGAAAUAAUGGGAAGAUGGGAAGCGGCCUGGUGGUAGUUCAACCCUAAGGCCGAAAGCAUCCCUAAUGGCAAAAAUCUGGGCAAUUUUUUUAGGCCAGCUGCCACAGGAUCCCUGUUCUUCAAGAGAACAUUUGUGAGAAAAAAUGGCUGGUUUGCCUUUUUUUCUUUUCUCUCUCUUUCUCUCUUUUAGACAAGCAAGCUUGCUAGGGAUGGGAGUUUUACUUACAGUAAGUUUUUUUUCUUCUCUUUUGUGGAGCUAGUGGUUAAGCACAGGGCUUUGCACAUACCAGGCAGCGCUUGACCACGGAGCUCCCAGAGCUCCUGGAGCUCCACCCUCUACUCUCAUGGUAGAAGCCCUCAGAGGAAUGGCAGAACAACUCUUGUUCAGGUUCUUCGGGUUCCAAGCCCCACUGAUUUAACCCUAAAACAUUUCCCCUUCAUGCUCCUCAUACAGGGUAUUCUCAGGGAGCAAUUUAUUAUUAUUGUUGUUGUUUGAGAUGGCAUCACACAAUGUAGCAUUGGCUAGCCGGCAACUCACUAUAUAGACCAGACUGGCUUCAAACUCAGAGAGAUCUGCCUGCUUCUGUCUUCUGAGAGCUGGAAUUAAAGUGUGUAGCACUA